CUUUGUGACUGGGUCCUUCGCGUCCCCGGCUCUUUAUCUCCCAAUAUCCCUUACCCUAGCCUCGCACCAAGCCUCCAUUCGUCUUUCCGAGAGCCCUAGGGCCUGCGCUACGUGGUUCCCCCUUCACAGUCGAUCAAUUUUCGAUUGGCUGUUUCAAACCUUUGCCUCCGUUUUCCGCCGGUAAUUCUCCUUAAUUUGGUUUGAUUUCGACGAAUUUCCGACUCUUUUCGAGGCAUCCAGUAUUCUUGAUUAGCAGCUGCUUUGUUCAUCACUGCUUCUCUGAUUUCAUUGGAGAUAAUAAUCAACAAUGAGAGGAUAUGAUGGGGAUGAAUAUGAAGAUUAUGGUGAUUAUAGUAUGGAAGGUGAAGAGCUAGAGGUAGAGGAUGAGGAGGUGGGUGAAGAAUAUGAGGAAGAAGAAGCAGAAGAGGAAGCUCGAAAGCCUACAGAGGAAGAAAUGGAAUACCUUGAGCUAAGGCAGCGGCUAAAAGAAUCCAUCAGACAGAAGAGGAAGAGGGAAAGUGGUUCUCUUAAUGCUAGAGAGGAGAAGAGGCCAUCAUAUGAUACUUAUGGAUCCUUCUUUGGCCCUUCUCAGCCUGUGAUUGCCCAAAGAGUAAUCCAAGAAAGCAAGUCAUUGUUAGAAAACAAGCAAUUGGUAUCUAAAAUGUUGGAAUCCAAAAAUAGUAAAAAAGUGAAUUCUGCUUCAAACGGUACAGGAUCAAAACUAGGAGUAACUGAGCGGGCUCCUAAAAUAAGUGAGUUCAAAAGGAAAGUUGAGAAACUUAAGAUGGCGAGAGACUACUCUUUUCUAUCUAAUGAUGCUGAAUUUUCAGUUCCUACAAAAGAUCCUCCACCACGCAAUAUCUCUGUUCCAAAUUCUGAGGCCCAACCAGCUCACUUGAUGUUAAAGAGCAAACAAACAUUGAGGAAUGCUAGCACAAAUUUCCCUGGUGUCCGUGAAGAAAGGAAAUCAGUUUCUUUGAAUGGUCAAGGGCAUGCUAGAGCUCAGUCCUACAAACCAAUCUCUGCUGGCAAACCAAAUUUGACAUCAGUUGAUUCUAAGAAGCAGCUUGGAAUCAAUAAUGGUAUUGGACCUGGCCGGCCUGGAGGAGUAAAAGCUUUUUCCUUGAAAAGUCCUUCUGCAGCCAUGAAUAAGAAGACACCUAUCCCAGGUGUAAGAAAUCUCCCACCAAAUAUGCAGAAAGCACCGUCUUCAAAGAUGCACUUAUCCAACUCAAAGCAAGUAGUGGAACAGAAAAGGGUAAUGCAAGAACACACUAACGGUAUGUUGAAGAGGCCAGUGCCACCUUCAAUGUCAAAACAGCUGGUGCCAGCGCCAUCAUCAAUGUCAAAACGGCCAGUGCCAUCAUCAAUGUCUAAACAGCCAGUGCCUUCAUCAGUGUCGAAACUGCCACCGCCAUCAUCAAUGUUGAAACGGCCACCACCAUCAUCAUUGUCCAAACAACCAGUACCAUCUUCGAUGUCAAGAUCACAGGUUUUAAAUCUUUCUAUAUUACCUAGAUUCCUAAUUAGGGUUCCAGGUUUUCUACAUAAGAUAAAAAAGGCACCACCAAAGCAAGUCUCAUCACGUGGUACGACACAAAUUCAACAACCCAAGAAAAAGCGGUUAUCUGAGGAGGAUGAGGCUUUAGAGGAAAUCAGAAGAAUGUUCAACACCCAAAGAUAUGCUGGUCGUGAUGAUGAUGAUAGUGACAUGGAGGCAAACUUUGAUGAGAUUAUGAAAGAAGAGAGAAGAAGUGCUAAAAUUGGAAGAAUGGAAGAUGAAGAAGAAGAACGACUGAUAGAGGAAGAGGAAAGACGAGAGCGGAUGAGGAAGUUGGCGAAGAAGCGUAAGCUGAGCCACUGAGGGUAUCGUGCCAGAACUGAUGGUUUAGACUUUGAUGUAAUCCGCGUCGCGUUUGAUCCACGGUAGCCAGCAGCAGUGAUAACUACUUAAUUUCGGCUUUCAUGAUGCCUUGUGCGAAAUUAUUUAGCUUCACUUAUUCAAGUGGUAGGGAUUUUACUUUUGUUGGUAAAAUUAGAUUUAAUCUUCCUCCUAAUAAUAUAUCUUCAAAGUAAUUGAUUUUUUUUUCCAAAUUCUGGCACGUAAAUAAAAUAUGUUUUUUUUA